CAUAGAUUUACUUAGUGCAAAACUUUCACUUGGAUAUACUUUAAUUUCUGCUGGUAAAGUGGAAGCGGCACUGGACCUCAUACUGAUCAAUUCAUUCCCUCUGGUGGGCAACUCCGAGACAUCACUUAUCUGCAUCACCUCCAAAUGGCGUUCCCGUGAGUCUAUCACAAUAGACCGAGACCAAGAGGAUGUGACAAACCAGCACCGGGAACCACUGGAAGUUAAUGAAGAUUCAAAGAGACCAACAGCCAAAACAGUGGUAUGGAAGAGGGAACAGGCCAGUGAAACUAUUGGAGCAUAUUACUGUGAAGGGAAACUCAAGGAUGAGGUGACAAGGAUACAUACCAUGAAGAUGCCACUGGGAGCCUCAUUCCACCCGGUGGCGUUAACUGUUACAGCAAAUAAGGGAGAGCCUGUGAAUAUUUCCUUCAUCAGAAUGGCAGCAAAGGAGGAAGAUGCAGUGAUCUACAAAAAUGGCUCCUUCAUCCACUCUGUGCCCAGGCAUGAAGUGCCAGGGGAGCUGGAAGUCUCCUAUCCUCAAGUUCAGCCACAGGAUGCAGGGGUUUACUCUGCCAGAUAUAUAGGAGGAAACCUCUUUACUUCUGCUUACACAAGGCUUAUUGUAAGACGAUGUGAGGCGCAGAAAUGGGGCCCUUCCUGUAGCUCCCACUGCCCUUCCUGCAUGAACAAUGGCAUUUGUCAUGAAGAUACUGGGGAAUGCAUCUGUCCUCCAGGUUUUAUGGGAAAAACAUGUGAGAAAGCUUGUGGAGCCAAUACAUUUGGCAAAACGUGUGAAGAGAGCUGUAAAGAAAACUAUGGCUGCAGAAACUAUAUGUUCUGUCUACCAGAUCCAUAUGGUUGUUCUUGCGCCACAGGAUGGAUGGGACUGGAAUGUGAUAAAGAAUGCAAACCUGGUUUUUAUGGGUCAGAUUGCAAACUCAAAUGUAAUUGCCACAAUCGAGGGACAUGCGACAGAUUUAAGGGCUGCAUCUGCUCCCUUGGAUGGCAUGGUCUGCAAUGUGAAAAAGAAGGUAAAGCAAGGUAACACGAUCUUUCACCUCAGAUAGAAAACUUACUAGAUCCUGUAGAACUCAAUUCUGGCGUCGAGUUCAAGCCUUUUUGUAUAGCAACUGGGAUGCCACUUCCUAAAUCUGAAGAAUUUAAACUUUUGAAGCAAGACGGAACUGUCCUAAGGCCUGCCCUAACUGUUACCAGUAAUCGCUCUGAAGCCAUGUUUACGAUUAAUCGAAUCCAGCCCCGUGAUACAGGAACCUGGGUCUGCAGUGUGCAGACAGUAGCUGGAAUGGCAGAGAAACCAUUUCAAGUUACAGUCAAAGUUCCUCCUGUGCCACAGUAUGCCCCAAGGCUGACAGACAGUGGACAUAAUUUUCUCAUAAUUGAUAUCAAUGCUGAGUUACAUCUUGGAGAUGGACCUGUUGUGUCAACAAAACUCCUGUACAAGCCAGCAAAACGUUAUCAGUCCUGGAUGUCUGUGGAAGUGAAAGGCACAACCAAAAGACUGGACAAUCUGGAACCAAAAACAGAGUAUCAGUUCUGUGUUCAGCUGAGUCGGCAAGGGGAAGGUGGGGAAGGCCAUCCUGGACCACAGGCUAGCUUCACAACAGCUGCGCUUGGUCUUCCUCCACCAGAAGGUCUCACCCUCUUUCCAAAAAGUAUGACAUCACUGAAUUUGUCAUGGCAUCCUUUAACACUGAGGACAGAGGACGACAUUCGUGUUGAAGUGGAAAGGAAGAGUGUGAAUGACAACGGUGAUGAGAGCAGUGUUAUUACUCAAGUGCCAGGAAAUAUGUCCAACCUGAUCAUUAAAGAUCUUGAGCCUAGACAGCAAUACAUGUGCAGGGUACGGGUGAACACCAGGUCCCAAGGAGAAUGGAGCAACUAUCUGUAUGCAUGGACUUUCAGUGACAGAAUCCCUCCUGCACCGUACAACAUCAGGUUUUCUAACACCACAGACACAUCUUCAGUCAUCUCUUGGACAACUGCUGAGGGUCAUUCCAUCUCUUCCAUCAUCAUCAGCUACAAAAUUUAUGGCAAGGCUGAGUACAACCACAUUGAUAUUAUCAUAAAGAACACCAGCAUAACUCAAUACCAUCUCAAGGGCCUUGAGCCAAACACUGUGUACCAGGUUCAGAUUAAUGCUCAGAACAACAUUGGCUUGAGCAACCCAAACACAUCAUUUGAACUGAAGACUCUUCCAGAAACCAAAGCUCCAUAUGAAUCAAAAGGAGGAAAAAUGCUCCUUAUUGCUAUCCUUGGCUCUGCAGGGAUGACCUGUGUAACAAUUCUCCUGGCCUUUCUCAUCAUGCUGCAGUUAAAGCGAGCCAACUUCCAGCGCCGAAUGGCUCAGGCUUUCCAAAACGUGGUGAGAGAAGAGCCAGCUGUACAGUUUAACUCAGGAACUCUCACCCUGAGCAGGAAAGCCAAAAACAGCCCAGAUCCCACCAUUUAUCCAGUUCUUGAGUGGAAUGACAUAAAAUUUCAAGAUGUGAUUGGGGAAGGUAACUUUGGGCAAGUCCUGAAAGCACGCAUUAAGAAAGAUGGCUUACGCAUGGAUGCUGCAAUUAAAAGGAUGAAAGAAUAUGCCUCAAAAGAUGAUCACAGAGACUUUGCUGGAGAACUUGAAGUUCUUUGUAAACUUGGUCAUCAUCCCAACAUCAUAAAUCUUUUGGGAGCAUGUGAACAUCGGGGAUAUCUUUAUCUUGCUAUUGAAUAUGCCCCCCAUGGAAAUUUACUGGACUUCCUUCGGAAAAGCAGAGUGCUAGAGACAGACCCAGCAUUCGCUAUUGCCAACAGUACUGCAUCUACACUUUCCUCUCAGCAACUUCUGCAUUUUGCGGCAGACGUUGCUAGAGGGAUGGACUACUUGAGCCAGAAACAGUUUAUUCAUCGAGAUUUGGCAGCAAGAAACAUCUUGGUUGGAGAAAAUUAUGUUGCAAAAAUAGCUGACUUUGGCUUAUCAAGAGGCCAAGAAGUUUAUGUUAAGAAGACCAUGGGACGGCUUCCAGUGCGAUGGAUGGCAAUUGAAUCUUUGAAUUACAGUGUUUACACUACAAACAGUGAUGUAUGGUCAUACGGUGUCCUAUUAUGGGAAAUUGUUAGUUUAGGUGGAACACCUUAUUGUGGAAUGACAUGUGCAGAACUCUACGAAAAACUGCCUCAAGGGUACAGACUGGAAAAGCCUCUCAACUGUGAUGAUGAAGUGUAUGACCUAAUGAGACAGUGCUGGAGAGAGAAACCAUAUGAAAGACCAUCAUUUGCUCAGAUACUCGUGUCACUGAACAGGAUGUUAGAAGAAAGGAAGACCUAUGUGAAUACGACCCUAUACGAGAAGUUUACUUACGCAGGCAUUGAUUGCUCCGCUGAAGAAGCUGCUUAACACAGGAGAAAUCUUCAUUCAUCAAUGAUGUAUUGAAGAAAACCAAAACUUAAUCUGCUGGAGUCCAAAAUGUGAUGUGCUGUGUAGAACUGUGUAUAGCUCUAACUGUAUAUAAUACAGUAAUACUGUUUUACUGCAGAUAUGUAUGUGUAUAUCACACAGUA